CUCGACAAGUCAAAAAGGAUCCUCACUAAACAUAUCAGGAAAACUGUAAAAAAAUGAUGGAAAAUGAAAAGGAUGGAGAUGCAUGGAUAGCUACAAACCACCCAAGAGAACUCACAGAAAAUGAGAAACAAAGGCUUGCUGAAGAUAAGACUUGUGUCUCAGAUUUCAAGCAGAAUAAGCUAGAGAUAGAAGCCAAAAAGAACUGGGAUCUCUUCUACAAGAGGAACUCUACAAAUUUCUUCAAGGAUAGACACUGGACAACCAGAGAGUUUGAGGAAUUGAUGUCAGAGGGUGAAGAAGGAAAGCAAAAAUCACUAUUAGAGGUUGGAUGUGGUGUUGGCAACACAGUUUACCCCCUCAUGAAUGCUAGUCCAGAUAUCUUCAUUCAUUGCUGUGAUUUCUCUCCAAGAGCUGUGCAGUUUGUAAAGGAGCACUCGUCGUUUAACCCAGCUCGUAUCAAUGCAUUCCAGUGUGACGUCACAUGUGAUGAUCUGACCAAACACAUAGCUGCAUCCAGUGUUGACAUGGCAACCAUGUUCUUUGUUCUCUCAGCGAUCCAUCCAGACAAAAUGCUACAGUCAAUUGAAAAUAUACAUAGGGUGAUAUGUCCAGGUGGACUGGUGUUGUUCAGAGACUAUGGACUCUAUGACCAUGCCAUGCUCAGGUUCAGCAAGGGACACAAACUCAGUGAAAACUUCUAUGUUAGGCAGGAUGGGACGAGAGCAUACUACUUUUCUACAGAUUUGCUGUCAGAUCUGUUCAUCAAGGCUGGUUUUGAUGUGGUCAUCAACGAGUAUGUCCACAGAGAGACGGUCAACAAGAAAGAAGGACUCUCUGUACCCAGGGUGUUUGUCCAGAGUAAAUUUGUGAAGAGAACCAUAGAGGAUUCAUGACACUUGUGGAAAGACUUCAAUUCUGAUGUUGCUGUUGGUGGUGAGAAUUAAGGAAUUCUCCUUGCAUCACAAAGAGAGCAGACUAUCACCUAGGUGAUCUGGUAGAAGCUUCACCAUUGGUGAAAGAUGCUUCACACUUGCUAAAGUCGUGGUGUCGUUGCGAUUGCUGAAAAGACGGCCAUUGACAAAUAUGACCGUGAAACACCCAAGAAUUGCAUCCCGUAGCAUGUUUCGCCCUACUGCCUGUUCUUGAUUUCAAGUUGAGAAUCCAACACAGAAAUACUACAGACUGAAUGACUCCCUCUCUCUCAUUACGGAGUUUUCGAUUUUCUGCGACUGCGAUGUAGUGCUAGUUGAUAGGAAGUGAUUUUACCGCUCGUUCGGUAUCACGUUCGUACAUGGAUGAAAAACAGUUUUGAUUUCAGUCGACGUAUCAGGCCACAGCAUAUACCAGCGUGAUAAGUGAGUGGGCCGUGAGCCGAUGCUUGGCCGGAGGAUCAGGGGUAGCAUCACACCACGAACCUGUGGGGCAACUUGAGGGUGCAACAUUUGCACUCUUGCUCUUCGAAUGCUUAAAAACGUUUUUCGUUAUGUGAGAACAUAUACCAAUAUGAAUCUCAGAGUGCGGACAACAAUUAAAAAUAUCAAGAAAAUGGAUCGUUCAAAUUACACAAUUUCACGGAGCUGAUCGCCGCAACCCUGGUAGGGUCAGGUUGCAUGCGCAGAGCUCCGAAAAUACCUUAAUCUCAUAUGUCGUCUUCAUUCUUCGCAGUAAUGGAAAAGUGCCUAUUGACUAUUGUAGUACACCUGCAGGACAGCUUCUGUCACACACAGAAAAAUAAUUAAUUUGAUGCAUCUCAUUCCAGCCUUCAAUGGAGUACCUCUGAAGAUUUGCUUCUUGCACUUGAGAUGCAUGAUAGCACGAUCGAUAUUAGCUGUCUUGGGGUGAGUUUGCUUUGAGGCUAGAUGGGAUGAUGUUGAAGAAUGAGAAAAGUGAAUUCCCUCUGGAAAAUGCUGAACUUUUCUGUAUGGGUUGAGAAAUUUUGUCUAAUAAAUAUAGCCAUAUUUCUAUACGAUGGGAAUUACUUUUUUUUAUAUCUUUUUGUCUCAUUUAAGGGAAGAGAGCAAAGUUUGUGAGAAUAUCUGUGGAACAUAUCUCAAUGCAUCUUGUCAUUUAUUUUCAUUGAUAACUGUUACAAGCUUCUGAAAUCCUUUCAUCAGAUUGGCCGAUAGCAAGUCACUCCAUGAAAUGCUCCCCUUCUGUUUAUAUGAAUCUUAGUGAAUCUGUAUUUUAUUGUGUGAAAGGAUUGAUUAUACCACCUAAGAAAGGUCUAGUAAAACAC